CUUGUCUGUCUCUGCCAACUGGUUCAGUUCUCGUCGACAUCGCCGAGCCAGUUGCUGCAGCCAUGGCUUCGUCAACACGAUUCGUUUCCCGGAUUGCCGGGCAGACCGCUCGCUUCCCCCCCCUCGCCGUCCCUCGCUGCGCCGUCUCAAGGCCUCUGUCGGUCAGACCACGAUCUGUUGUCUCCUCCUCGCAAAGCAAUCUUCGGUGCCGACCAAGCAAUGCGCCUCCGUUCUCGUCCCCCCGAUGCUUCUCAACCACCGGCUCCCUCUCGCGCAGCAAGACGAUGGGCCAGCUGCGGGCCCGGCACUCCAAUGGGCCGUUUUCUUGGAAGGCGGCGCUGCUCUUUGUGCUGACAGGCGCGGGGAUGAUCGUCUACUUCCGGUUCGAAAAGGCCCGGCUGGAAAGGAAACGGAUUGCAGAGAUGAGCAAGGGAGUGGGCCGGCCCAAGGUUGGAGGGCCGUUUGUCCUGAAAGACCUGGACGGGAAGGAGUUCACGGCGGAGGACUUGAAGGGGAAAUACAGCUUUGUCUACUUUGGGUUCACGCACUGCCCGGACAUCUGCCCCGAUGAGCUCGACAAGAUGGCCGCCAUCAUCGACAAAGUCAAGGAAGAAACCAAAGACGAAAACAUCUUCCUGCCCGUCUUCAUCACCUGCGACCCGGUCCGCGAUACACCCGAAGUCCUGCGCGAGUACCUCCGAGAAUUCCACCCGGGUAUCAUCGGCUUAACAGGCACGUACGAACAGGUCAAGCACGUCUGCAAGAUGUACCGGGUGUACUUUAGUACGCCGCAGAAUGUCAAGCCGGACGAGGACUACCUAGUAGACCACAGCAUCUACUUUUACCUGAUGGACCCCGAGGGUGAUUUCGUCGAGUGCAUCGGUCGCCAGGAUACCCCCGAGUCGGCGACCAAGGUGAUCAUGGAGCACAUCAAUGACUGGAAGCGUGACGGCAAGCCUCUGGACACCAAGUAGCGGUAAUCUCGAACUUUGUACACCACCCUCUCCCUC